CGUGCCCUCGCGGGAGGCCCGGCAGCCCAGCCCAGGUCGCCCCCGUCGCCUUCCCGAGCCCGCUUUCCCCCCGCAGCUCCACCGGGGGCCAUGGCGGAGAGCCUCCGCAGGCUGAUCAGCAACGAGACGUGCAGGGUCUUGCAGGAGAAGCUCGAGCGCUGGUACCAGGAUUAUCACAUUAACUCAUGUGAUCAGAAUCUGACCCGAUGCUGUGAAAUUAUGGAAUUGAACUCCAUGAUCCAGGGGCAACUUUUCACAAUCCUCAAUCAAACAUGUCAACAAGGUGGACAGUACGCAGGCAUGGAAAUAAUUAAAUCUCGGCUCCUGCCAUGGUUAGGGUCUUGUCUUUCGAGCCAUCCUCCUGCAAGGUCUCCUGAAGGAAGCUCUUCACGCUUGCAGGAAUCACUGGAGAAAGACAGGACACUGAGGGAACUGUCCAGUUCUCAGAGCCUUGAAAUAAAACAGCUGGAGAAAGAACUGAAUGCCACUCGUUUGCAGCUCAAUCUCGUACAGCAAGAUCUUGCAGACACCCAACUGGCUCUUGAGGACACAAAGGCCAAGUCAGCCACCACCAUUUUGGCAGCUGAGGAUGAAAUUGUUCAGCUAAAAGCAGAUCUAAAGGCUUCUCGAGCAAAAGAAGAGUGUGCUCUGAUCAACUUGGAGCGACUGAAUGAGUAUGAGCAGCAGAUUCUAACACUGAAGGAUGAGAUUGCUGUCCUCGCUGCUCAGAAAUCGGUUCUGCAAAGCAAACUUGCACGGAGUCGGUCACCUUCCCCAAUAUCUGCCCGAAGUAGAUCUCCCAGCCCAUCUCCAAUGAAGAGUUUCUCACCUGGCUGUUCAAGACUCACAAAUGCUUCCCGUCACGCUAACCUUGUGGAACGCUUCAGUGAUAUUUAUACUCAGGAACGCUUGGAUGCUCAAAGCCUCUUGAGGAGUUACAUUGAUGAUCUGGAGAUUGUGCAGAGAAUAAUCUACAUUGCAGCUGUGGAAUCUUUCCAAGCUGCAAAGAGGGCAUACAGACAGUUCAAAAUGCGUGUUAGAAAGACUCUGUCCCUGAGUUACUCUGGUUCUGAAUCACUCGAAGACAUGGUGAUGGACUAUAUCAUUCGCCAGGAGGAUCUCUAUGAUGUUCAGUCCAGUGUCAAUGAUGUCAUCCGUGCAAUGAACACCAACCCUCAGAUUUCCUUCCCUCCAGAAGUUGAUUUUAUCAUGAUCAGUAGUUUAAUACGGGAGUUGUGCAGGGUGGCCUUUUCCAUGCAGACUUUGGACCCUCCACUCGAUGUUUCAUUUGGUACAGAUGGAGAACUUUUUAGCGAGUACAAAUACCGCCGCAGCUACGACUCUGAAUUCUCUGCUCCGCUGGUGGCCUACCAUGUGUGGCCUGCUCUCAUGGAAGAAGAUUCUAUCAUCGUGAAGGGAGAAGUAGUCACAAGAAGAGGCGCUCUAUGGUCUCACAGAAGUAGAAGCCGGAGCAGAUGCCGCAGUCGCAGCCUGAGCCCUCUGUCUCGCAGUGCUGGCUACACCCGACACUUGCCACCUCGACACCGCAGCCCUUCACCGCUAAGGAGCGGAAGCCCAAGUAAGUGGGCACAUUCAGAACUUAGACGAUCAUGGCUUUAAAAUGCUCGAAUAAUCAAGUAAACAGAAAAUCUAAUGAUUAUUCAGUGUUAUUUUUCUUCAAAACAGCACUGUUCCUUAGUGACUCUCUAUGAACGUAAGGGCGUCUUGUUCAUUUAGUAUCUUCAAUAGGCUUCUGAUUUGAGUCUAUGCUUGGUCUCCAAUUCUUUGGUCCCCAGGACUCAGGUCAUCCAGAUGGCUCCUAUUUCAAUAUCUGCUGUAGGUAGACAACUAUGCAAUGACACCUGCCAGUGGUUCCUCUGAGGCCCCUUCUACACUGCCAUAUAAAGGCCAGAUUAUCUGCUUUGAACUGGAUUUAUGGCAGUGUAGACUCAUAUAAUCCAGUUCAAAGCAGAUAUAAUAUAGAUCAGGGGUCCUCAAAUUUUUUAAACAGAGGGCCAGGUCACGGUCUCUCAAACUGUUGGAGGGCCGGAUUAUAAUUUGAAAAAAGCAUGAAUGAAUUCCAAUGCACACUGCGCAUAUCUUAUUUGUAGUGCAAAAAACAUUUUAAAACAAUACAAUAAUUAAAAUGAAGAACAAUUUUAACAAAUAUAAACUUAUUAGUAUUUCAGUGGGAAGUGUGGGCCUGCCUUUGGCUGAUGAGAUAGGAUUGUUGUUGUGCUUUCAAGUCAUUUCAUACUUAGGUUGACCCUGAGCGAGGGCCGGGUUAAUGACCUUGGAGGGCUGUAUUCGGCCCUCGGGCCUUAGUUUGAGGACCCCUGAUGUAGAUUAUCUGUUUUGACAAUCUGGAUUAUAUGGCAGUAUAGAAGGGGACUGAGAGCUCUUUUUGGGGAUAUAAUGCCUAAUCCCCAUCAUCCAACAUAGAACUAAGCAUAUUGAAAUUAAUGUAUAGAACCCAACGCUAUUGUUUUGACACUGACUGUGAUGACCAGUAGCUUUGAAAUGUGCUGAAUCUGCUCUGGGUUUUAUUUAAAGGAGCCCUUCCAAGGGUUGAAUCUUGUCCUCUAAAUCAGUGGAUCUCAACCUGUGGGUCUUCAUGUGUUUUGUCUUACAACUCCCAGAAAUCCCAGCCAGUUUACCAGCUGUUAGGAUUUCUGAGAGUUGAAGGCCAAAACAUCUCAAGUUGAGAAUCACUGCUCUAAAUCAAUUCAGCAAUUCACUAUUUUAAAAUCUGGAAUAAAAUCCGGGGUAGAUUGAUUAUAUCCAUGAAGUUUUGGCCAGUUCUGAGAUGUGAAACUAUUUUCAUCAAUUGAAUGGGAGGCGAGUAAUUCUUAUUUCCUUGGACAUCCCCACUGCAUACUCUGAAUCUUCUGCAAGGAGCUGAGA